CGUUGAACUAAUAUAUACUGAAACAUUUACAUAUAGUGUUGUGCACCGUUGUCGCAGACAUAAAUUGACAUUAAAAGCUAUAGGUUGACUCGAGAUAUGCGAAUGUAUACAGAAGAAGAGGUAGCGGAGGUCAAAAUUUACGAUCAGUGGAAAGCGGAUGGCGUCGAUGAGUACAAACUGCGACAGCAGGCCAAUGUGGUCGAAGAAACGCGUGCGAUGAUCCCACACACGAAGAAUCGACUGGACGAUCAAAUCGAGUCACUUGCUGCGCUAUUGCUCGUCCCAGGCUACGAAGACACAGAGCAAGUCAAGACGGCCAAGGAGGUGCUCUUGCUUGCUCAAGAAAGAGCGGACAUGGUUACCAAGUAGUUGAUGUAUUGCUAGUAAGAUGACAAGAAACAGAUACGAUUGACUUUAUUCAAUUGGCACGUUGUUUCGGGAUCUUCGGACUACCGGCUGAAAAUUUCACUUUUCGAGAACUGCAACGGGACCGGUGUAUGGCUCUCGUUCAACCUUCUUCGGUUGGCGCACCUGUGCAAGAAUGGUGCGAGUAUCAAGGAAGCCAUGUUGGUCCGAUUGUGUAUGAGGGCAAUGCAAGGGAACUGGCAAGCAGUGCCUGCAUGAUAGCCGUCCACGUGGUGCAAAGAUUCAGAGAUAUAGUCACGUCUUCAAAAGAAACGUGGACAUAACUCGUGUUCACCGAGAAGUCGGAUAUCAGGAUCGAGAGGUAGAAUACACCCCGGUGUACAUCAAUAAGGCAGGCAAUAUACAAGGGAAAAAAACUAGAUCAAAUACCUAGUAACUGGAUACUACCAUGCAAGGCAAGUUGCUACAUAAAAAAAAUAAUGCUCGUCUCAGACACUGCGUAUGUGACCUUGACGUGGCUAUAACAUCCGUUGCACCAGCACGACUCAUACUUCAUAACGGCAUGCGACGAAGGCAAAACUAUAAAUAAAGCCAGCG